GCUUAGUCAGAAUUUCAGAAGUCUCAUUACGAUCCAUGCGAAUUCAAUUAUCCGAUAGAUAACGUAAGUAACAAUGACAUCAGCAAUGCCGAUAACCGGAAUAUUCUCUUAGCGUACAUGAAGCAACUCCAUAAUAUGGACGUAUCACGAACAAUUGAAGCUCAACACUUGAAGCUUCAUCGUACUCGAACUAACAUGUAAACUCUCUUCAUUGGAGUUUCCAAGAAAUAUACAUAUAGAGAAUUCUGUACAUAGGAUUCUUGGAUAAUCUUAAUAUGUGAUAUCACAAUAUAACGGACCCGACUUCGGGGACUGCGGGAGCCAAGGCCACUAACUGUGCCGCCAACACAUAUGGAUGCAUAAUGCAAGGAAAUGGAUCCUAGAAAGCGUACCUAAUCGAAUCUCCAACGCCGUCCUCGCACUCCUUAUAUGUAUAUUGGUGCUUCCCGACCCCGGAUGUUAGUUAGGUUCCUAAGUCCGUGAGGCCGAGAGUCCAGGAACGUCUAGUGAUGAAACCCAUCCAUAUUUACAUAUCCUCACUCCGGGCUACUAUUCUUCAACAGAACAUCCCAUAACCCAUAUCCCAUAACCCAUAACCCGUAACUCGUAACCCGUUACCUCCCUAUUCCAACACACACCCGCCAAACAUGGCCAAACGCAAAGCCGCCCCUCCCCCGUCACUAACCGGGCGACGGCCCCUCAACGCCAUCUUCGUGCUCGCCUUCGGCGCCCUCGCGGCGCUGUCCACGUACCUGAUGCGCGUGGACCCGGCGCUGCACGACGUGCCGGCCAAUUUCCUGCCCGUGGUCGAGUCGGCGACGCUCGAGAACGGGGCGCCGCUCGUGACGCGGUACACGGGCGUCGGCGCCGUCGACGAGCUCGCCAAGUUCCUCGUCGCCGCCUUCGUCGCGGGCACCGCCGGCUGGGACGCCGGCGUGAAGGCCCAGCAGGCCUACUUCUUGAUGAACUGGUUCGCCGUCGUGUGCGUGUGGGCCGUCGAGUCGAGCCGCCGCCGGAACGUCGGGAGGCUUGUUAGUUUCGCGGCGCUUUUUGGCCUCCUCUACCAGAUCAUGGGCGCGGCCGUCAUCGCGCCUGUGUACUAUGCGGCGUAUGUGUUCACCUCCGGAGGAGACGCGUACAACUUCCGUGACCGAGAAGUCCCCAUCGGCUACGCUCGGGCUAUUCUCCCAGCCGCCGUGCUUGGUUAUCUCGUCCCCACCGUAGCCCUGUACUAUGGCUCAUGGGACAUCGAGACCGUGCAAUACCUGACAGCCUUUUGGCAGCCAUCCCCGUUAUAUGUCAGCGCGCUCCUCGUGCUCCUCGCCUUCCUUAUAUCUCCAUCUUUAAACGCAAACCCCACCUCUAAGAACGGCGACGUGAAGCACCUCAAGCUAGUAUAUCUCCUCGCCGGUCUCGUAUCAAGUGCAUCCCAUCUUAGCACCAUUUACCUGUCCCUCACGUCAGACAACCCGCAGCUCUCGCUGAGCUACAUAUUCCUGCCAAACAAAGCGUUGUGGAAAGACAGCAUGGCCCUCGGGUUGCACUAUAUCUUCCAGAUCGACGUCUUGGGAGCGUUCGGGUCCGCGCUUUUCUGGUGCUGGCUUAUCACUUAUGACGUCCUGCGUAUCGAAGGCCGAUCUAGCGCAUCGAGUCUCAUUCAGGCGGUACUGGGCAUUGGAAUCACCACGUUGGUGGCUGGUCCGGGGACUGCCAUUGCGAUAGUUUGUAACUGGAGGGAGGAUAGACUUGUAAUGAUCGAAAAGAGCGUUGAGAGGAUUGGGAGGAAGCCCAAAGCCACGUAGAAAAUACCCUAAGCCUACCUAGGUAGCCUUGUCUCGAGAAUACUAUGUUAAACGUCGAUUCGGACGCAUGCCCUUGCCAUUGUGAUCGGGAAGCACGCCAUGAAAU